CCCUGCGGCCGGCGCGCCUCGAGCCCACGGCGACACCUCUCACUGCCGACACAUGUCCGCUCUGGCCGCUCAUCGGGCGCGCCUGGCUUCGGCAGCGGCAGCGGCGGCGGAGCUGCAGGCGGCAGAGGCAGGCGGAAGCGGAAGCAGCGCUGCUGCGGCCACGUCUGCCCUCACGGCGGAGAGCAGCGCGAGCGCUCAGCCGGGCACCUCGCCGCGCAAGCGCCGCAAGCAGGCACUGGCGACUGGUGCUGCCGCCGCUUCCUCUUCGGCAUCUGCAUUGCCGAAUGCUGCCUCCAGCGCGCCAGCCUGGCCCGAUGAGCGAGCGGGGCCAGGAGUCUCGGAAGCUGCCCUCACCUGGCAGCCCCUGGCCAGUGGAGCGCGCAGGAACUGGGCGCCGGUGGAAGGUGGCAGCGACAUAGACGUGGGCUUGCACGCAGACGAGACACUCGCCUUCAGCGGCCAAGCACGUUUGCGCCUUCUGCACGGGCAGGCGACGAUCUCUGGCGCGCGGCUGAGAGCUCCAGAUCGGAUACGAGUUCUCGCACCAAAGUCGUCGCCUCUGCCAGUUUUGCGAGCCCUCUCACAGCCGAAACCUCAUUCCAGCGCUCGCUGCUCCUCGACGCCGACCUCGGUUCUCGAUACCUCGCUAUUCGCGGUCAUCGUUCGCCUGGGUGCUGCACCAGACUGCGGCUUGCAUCACUUGCCGAAUGUCUGUGCGCUGGCCGGCAUCGACCCGUUUGGAGACGCCUCCGAAUCUGCCGCGACUGGCGGGCACCGAGGCCAGGAGGAAGAGCAGCUUGUCCGGGCGCUGCCCGCCGGCGUGCAUCUCGUCUUGGGCGCUCCGCGAGGCGCAGCGCUUCUGGCCCAGCCCGACGCGUGGGAGACAGUGCUUGCGCAUCUGUCCGGUCUGGCACCGCAAGUUCCGCUCCAACAGCUCGCGCCCGGACCGCCAGUGCUGCUCGUUCGCGGGGCCAAGCGCCUUGGCAAGUCUACCUUUGCUCGCCUCGCAUUAGCUGCCCUUCUCUCACGAGAAGGAGCCACACGCGUCGCCUGGCUCGAUGCAGAUCCGGGGCAAGGCGAGUUCGGGCCCCCAGGGAUUUUGGCGCUGCACAUCUUCGAGCGACACGCCAAGGAAGGUCUGGGUGACGAGCUGCAACUAGCACCCGGCUGGACACUCGCGCACACACCUGCGCGUGCGCACUUUCUUGGCGACACCACGCCGCGCGACGAGCCGGCACGCUACCUGGCGAUGCUCGAAGAGCUGCUCGGCUUCUAUGCGCGCGAGAAUGCAUCGCAGACCAUGCCGCUGAUCGUCAACACACCGGGCUGGGUGAAGGGCCUCGGUGCGGAUCUGGCGUCGCGCCUGGAACACCUCGCCUGUCCGACUCUCAUCAUCGACAUGCGCGCGGCUCCCGAAGCGGUGACCGGUCCGGACGGCGACGCAGAUGUCGACUCGGGGCAAGACGACGAGGCCGAGGCGCUCGCCGAGGCAGAGAGCAUGCGACCUUGCCAAGGUGAGCCGUACUAUGACGGCUCGGGUGCACUACUCGGAGCUGCGCCAACGAUUGUGCCGCUCUACGGAGCCCGCGUUGCGGCGCGGAGCACGCCUGCCGACGGGCGGAUCUUGGCGUUGCUGGCGCACUUGCACGCCAGGCCGGUGUCGGGACAAGUCUGCACGCGCUUCGACUUCGAGCGGCCGCUGUGCGAGAUGCGACCGGUCCUCGUCGAUGUGCAGCAAGGCUUGGCCGGCGGGCUGCAUGUGCUGCCCUUUGUGGCGAGCGUCGCACCAGCGCUGCGACUCGCUGUGCUCAAUGCCUCGCUCGUAGCCAUCGUGCGACUCGAUGAGGUGGACCGCGCCGCCCAAGACUCGCAUCCUCCUUCUCACUUCGGGCUGCAACAGCCGUGGGACCGAGCCCUCGUACAGCCUCUGCCCGAGCCAGCAAGUUCGCACUGCGUCGCUCUGGCUGUCCUGCGCGCCAUCGACGUCCCUCGUGGGCAGCUGUCUCUGCUCACAAGCGCCGCGGCAGCGCAACUGCGCGACGCACGCGGACAUUUCGCGCUGGUGCGCGGGGCCAUCGAUGUGCCAGUGUGGGCCAGUCUCGAUGCCGCACAUGUGCAGGCUGCGACGACGGGUGCCGCUCCUCCGCCGCUUCUGGCCGGCGUGCCGCGCGCACAGGUGCCCUACGUCGAGUGGACGCAAGACGACGACGGCGCCGAGACCCCGCUCGGCCUCGGACGCCGGCGCGUGCGGCGCAACCUCAUGCGCAAGGGGCAGCGAUGAGCUGCAAUGCACGCAUACAAGCACACGUAAGCAGAGGACGGUGACAUGGAUUGAGCCGCGACGGGAAGGAGCAAUGGUGCAGUGUAGCGUUAGCGACAGGCGGGUCAGAGCGCAAAGAGGGGAC